AUGUGCAUGUUUGUUAGCAAGUAUGAGAUGGGUUUUAUUAUUGGUGUAACCUCAUUGUUAGCUUAAAAAUUUAACUUUAUUCUCAUCCUUUGAAGGUAGUCUUGGGGCGCUUACAAAUCCUUAACCCUGUCUUCAAUUUAUCAACUUAGUUGUGCUAGAAUGAGGGUGUUUUUGAUUUCGUUUCUGCUAUUUGGGAGCGUUGCAUGUUUCCCUAUGGGGAAAGAAUAUGAUGCAAACAGUGCUGAGACAAGCUUCAUGUGGCAGCCACUUCCUUUGGGCAAUUGGUUCAGUGGACUGGGUGUGAGUUCUGACGCUGGCAGCAGCUUUCCUCUACUAAGUCUACCCAACCCAAGCUCUAACAAAGCUACUGGACAUCCUGCUCCUCAAAUUGGCAGUUUCAGUGCUGGACCUGGCAGUUUCAGCAGUAAUGUGUUUGCCGGUGGCUCCACUAGUUUUAAAGAUGGACACCACAACAGUCCUGAGGUCGGUGCAUAUGAAGUUGCUUAUGCAGGGUAUGGCUAUGACGGUAGUGCUCCAGAUGGCAGGUUGGGUAGUGCUUCUGUAGGUGACAGCUGGAGCUCUGAACCGGCUGGUGGCUACGAUGCUGUUGAAGAAAUCCCUGAGCCAAUCUUCAGUGACGUGUCUGAUCUGGAGCCAGUCUACUCUUUUAGCUCUCGUUCAAGAUACCAGCGAGGAAGAGCAGUGUUUGCUCAAACCCGGUACAACCCAGGAAAACCCAGCAGAACUUCUAAGCAAAGUGGUCCUGCUAAAGCUCCUACCAAAGGGGCCUUCUAAAGUCCUCUGGUAUUGUGUUCCAGAUGACUUGGUUCUGUUAAAACCGAUACCAAUAAAAGGUUGCUUCACA